AUGGAUGCAUUCAAAAUUUCCAAAUCUGAAAUUCCUUUCGGAAGCGAUAAAGAAUAUCAUGUGUUUCUGAGUUUUAGGGGACCAGAUGUGAGAAAUACUCUGGUUGGUCAUCUCUAUGAAGCUCUCACUGUUGCCGGACUAAAUGUCUUUGUGGAUAGCCACAAACUGGAAAAGGGAGAAAUAAUUGGGUUGAGCUUGGAAAGAGCAGUGGAGAACAGUUCCAUACGCAUUCCGAUAUUUUCACAAGGCUAUGCAGACUCUGCAUGGUGUCUCAAGGAGGCCGCUGCCAUUUUGGAAACCCCAAGCAAGAUCAUUCCUUUGUUUUAUGAUGUGGAUCCAACUGAUGUUAGAUAUCCUCUCAACGAUUCCAGUCCGUACAAGCAAGCAUUUCUAAGACACUACGGCCAUCCAGAUCGGUACCAAGAAAAAGAGAUUGAUGGAUGGAAGCAUGCCCUUGAAGAAAUCUGUUCUCACUCAGGCUGGUCCAGGGAUAUAACUGGAGGGUAA